AGACAGCUGUAUCUCCUGGGUGUGCUGCGCUGCGCUUCCGUAACGCUUAAAAACGGCUCGCUUCAGCGGCUCACCUCUAUCGACUUCAAUGGUCAGCAAGGCACCGCAACAGUUUUUUAGUUGAAGCGCGUUUUCUUUACACACGCAUUGUUUUACAUUAAAAACGCAUACAACCGCUGUUGUCGUAACGGUUUAGGGGUUAUAUAUUUGUAUGCACGGACAAGCCGAUCAUCUUUUGUCUUCGUUGAUGUUAGAGGACUUCGGUCAGUUUCAUUGAAUGCAGAACGCUAGUCCAUCUGAACUUAGACCGGAAUGAAAACAUUUAUCUUCUGUCUACACAUUCUGGUGGGUUGGACCCUUAUGGUGUGCAUGGACUAAGUGGACAAUCCUAAAAACAUCUCAAACUUUUAGACAUUUGGACACCAACGGUUGCAUCAACAGUACGUAUAGGUAUUUGGCCAAUUCUGGCUGCAGCUGCACGCAGCACGCUGAGGUCUGAUGUUACUGAUUGAAUCGGGCCGACUGUGAGAGGACCAUUACCCUCAGCCAUGUCUAACUUUGAGACAACCUGGCCUCCGGGCACUGAGUGUGUGGCCAGGUACAACUUCCCUGGAUCGACAGACCAGGACUUGCCUUUGUGCAAAGGAGAUGUCCUAACCAUUAUUGGAGUAACCAAGGACCCAAACUGGUACAAAGCGAAAAACUCAGUAGGGCGAGAAGGUACCAUUCCAGCAAACUACGUUCAGAAACGAGAAGGUGUGAAGUCAUGUGCUAAACUGAGUCUUAUGCCAUGGUUCCAUGGAAAGAUCACGCGCGAGCAGGCAGAGCGUCUGCUCUAUCCCCCAGAGACGGGCCUCUUCCUCGUGCGCGAGAGCACCAACUACCCCGGCGACUACACGCUGUGUGUCAGCUGUGACGGAAAGGUGGAGCAUUACCGCAUCAUCUACCACAAGGGCAAACUGUCCAUCGAUGAAGAGGAGUUCUUUGAAAACCUCAUGCAGCUCAUGGAGCAUUACACUAACGAUGCAGAUGGACUCUGUACCAGACUCAUCAAACCCAAACUUAUGGAGGGGACCGUGGCGGCCCAGGACGAAUUCUCAAGAAGUGGCUGGGCCCUGAAUAGAAAAGAACUGAAACUUCACCAGAUUAUUGGAAAGGGAGAGUUUGGAGAUGUGAUGGUCGGAGAUUACAGGGGCAGGAAAGUAGCAGUGAAGUGUAUCAAACAUGACGCCACAGCGCAGGCCUUUGUUGCAGAGGCUUCUGUCAUGACGCAAUUACGGCAUAAUAACUUGGUACAGAUGUUGGGGGUGAUUGUGGAGGAGAAGGGCAGUCUCUAUAUUGUCACUGAAUUUAUGUCCAAGGGUAGUCUAGUGGACUAUCUGCGCUCCAGAGGACGUACUGUUAUUGGUGAAGAUUGUCUCAUCAAUUUCUCAAUGGAUGUUUGCAAGGCAAUGGAAUAUCUUGAAGCCAAUAACUUUGUGCACAGGGAUCUAGCAGCUCGUAAUGUUCUUGUGUCAGAAGACAAUAUAGCGAAAGUCAGUGACUUUGGUCUCACCAAAGAGGCGUCAUCUACUCAAGACACAGCCAAACUCCCGGUUAAGUGGACUUCACCUGAGGCCUUAAAAGAGAAGAAGUUUUCCACUAAGUCAGAUGUAUGGAGCUAUGGCAUUUUACUGUGGGAGAUCUAUUCCUUUGGUCGGGUACCAUAUCCAAGAAUUCCUCUAAAGGAAGUGGUCCCACGUGUAAAGCAGGGUUAUAAGAUGGACGCCCCAGACGGCUGCUCGGCCGUGGUGUAUGACAUCAUGAAGCAGUGCUGGACUCUGGACCCAGUGGUGCGGCCCAGCUUCAAAGAAUUGAAAGAGAAACUGCAACAUCUCAUAAGUAAUGAGCUGUACCGAUAGAAGACGGAGGAAGUCUAAGACUAAAAGAAAAACACACCUGCCUCCUUGGGACCAUUCUCAUACAAUCUGACCAAAAUUUACUCUUGAAGCACUGGACUUGGAAAAACAUGAACAGAAAUUUCUUUAGCGGCGUAUUCUUUAUUUUAUUUAUUUUUUUGCUUUGUUUACAUGCCUUGAUUUUCUUAAUAGUUUUGGGGAGGCUGGCCUUCUCUACAAUAUCACAACAUCACAUGUCUUCAGCCUCUCCUGAUAUCUCUUCAUACACUUUCUUAAUACUUAUGGUAAGGUCCAAGUCCAUAUGGUCAUCCCAAACUUUUGGUUUGUUUUCAGUUACAGUAGCUAAAGGCAGCAAAUGCUGCAAGGCAGAGCGGAGACCUUACUGGUCACCAGUGCAUCCUACUGUGGAUUAAAAUCUUUAAAGAAUAGUUCAACCAAAAAUAAACAUUCUGUCAAUGACUGUCUUUCCUCUGCUGAAUACAAACAAAGAUUUUUAGAUGAAUAUCUCAUAUCUGUAGAUCCCAUAAUGCAAGUAAAUGGGUUCCAAAACUUUGUAGAUCAAAAAACCACAUAAAUGCAGCAUAAAAGUGAUCCAUUUGACUCCUGUGAUCCAAUCAGAUUUGGGUAAGAGCUGACCAAUAUGUAACUACUUUUCACUAUGAAUUUUACAUCAGCAGUCUCCUUGACUAUCAUGAUUUCAAGCUCAAUUACACUUCUUAGUGCCAUCAACAAAUCUCUGUGAAUGCAUCAAGGAAGUGUUAUUGAGCUUAAAAUCAUGAUCGUGUCUAGAGACUGCACUGGCAAAAUGUAUUGUGAAAAUGUAGUUAUAUUUUGGAUUGCUUUUAUGCUGCCUUUUAUGUACUUUUUGGAGCUUCACAAUUUUGGUACCCAUUCACUUGCAUUUUAUGGACCUACAGCGCUGAGAUAUUUUUAUAAAAGCAUUGUUUGUGUUCAGUAGAAGAAAGUCUUACACAUCUGGAAUGGCAUGAGGAUGAGUAAAUAAUGAGAUUUUUUAUUAUUAUUAUUAUUAUUUUUGGUUAAGUUUUAAGGCAUCAGAUGUUAAUACCUUAAUGAUUUUGUUGUUCCACCACAAGUGUGAUUUGUCUAAAGAUCUUAAUCCACAUCUAGAAGUUUCUGUGGACCGUUAUUAGUAGGGUCCAAUCAAGUGUGUAUAGCAACAGUUAAUGUGUAACUAAAUGGAGAGAAAAAGGAAGCAGAAAAGAGUGUUUUCAUCUUCAAUGUCACAGUGCCUUUACGCCACAGGAGUUUGUUUUGCCUCAAAGCUUGUUGUUUUAAUAUUUUAAUACAUUGUUGAAAAAGCUCUUGGAUUUCCUGCUUAUCUUGCCAAAUAGAUUUCUCAGUCUGACACUGUCCAUACCAGACAUCGAUAUAGCGAUGAGCGAUAAAAGCAACCUCUUCCGUGUAAAUCUGUGUUUUUGUCCUAGCCUGCUGCGACCGGAACAAACGAUAUGAUAUUUUGUUGGUUGCUUGGUUUCUAUUCUAUGACAUCGCACUGGCUAGCUCCACCCACAGUGAAAUUUCAUUGGUCCAAAAUCAUGCAACACAUCACUGUAUAUUGAACCUCAAGUAUGUUCUGAUUGGCUUUGAAUGUGUCACGUCAUGCAGCAUUUUCACUUUUAAGUGUGGACAAACAAAUUGCUUGUUCUGGUUGGUUAGAACACUGUGUGACCCUCAAAACUGGAAAGGAUGAAUAUAAACAUUCUAGGCCAUGAGUUGCCUUUAGGCUUGGGUGAAAGUGAGAAACCGUUGAUUUAAUAUGAGAAAAAAAAAAAAAAGCUGGAAAGAAAAGAAUACAUGCCAAAAAUACAGAUUUGAAAAAUAUUUGUUAUAUAUUACACCAAUUGUUUUUUUUUUGUUUUUUUAGGAGAAACGUGUAUGCUGUGUUAUGAGCCUUGAUUGUACUAGCAGUGCUUUUGAUUAUCUUUUUCUUUGCUGCCAUAUUUCAGAGAAAAUAUUUCCACAUGAACGGUUUGAUAAAAGCAAAAGAUAAAAAUAAAAAGGCGAAGAAAAAUA